UAUUUAUCAACAAUUAAUGAACAUUUGCAAAAGGUUGCUCAUAUAGCUGUGCGCAAUAUUGCAACAAUAGCUGGAAACUUAGUUAUAAAAAAUAGGAAUCCUGAAUUUCAAUCGGAUAUAUUUCUGUUGUUAGAGACUGUCGGAGCUCAAGUUACUAUAGCAAAUUCCGUAUUAAGUAAAAGAACGUAUAGUAUGCAGGAUUUUCUUAAACAACAAUUAAAAGGGAAAAUAGUUAUGGAUGUGAUGCUACCUCCGUUAAAUAAUAGUAAUAAAAUUGUGACAUAUAAGAUAGCAGCUCGGGCACAAAAUGCGCAUGCAAUAGUAAACGCUGGAUUCUUGUAUGAAAUAACAUUAAAAGGCAAAGUGUGUUCAGCUAGAAUUACAUAUGGCGGAUUGUCUCCAAAGUUUAUCAGAGCAAUUAAAACAGAGAAUUGUCUCAUAGGCAAACCACUUUUUGAUAACGCUACCUUGCAGUUGGCCAUACAAAGUUUAAUUAAAGAGCUAAUUGUGACUGAAAAUCCUCCGGAACCAUCGGUAGCCUAUCGCAAACAUUUAGCCAUCUCCUUGUUUUAUAAGGGUUUACUCUCAAUUUGUCCACCAAAUAUACUAUCAUUACCGUUCCAAUCCGGUGGUACUGAGAUACAUGAUAGUCGGCAGUUGUCGAGCGGUAGACAAACUUUUGAAACCGACCCUUCUUUGUGGCCGUUAAACCAACCCGUUAUGAAGUUAGAAGCGCAGAUACAAUGUUCAGGAGAAGCACAUUAUGCUGAAGACGUGCCACCGAUCCCUAAAGAAGUAUUUGCCUCGUUUGUAUUGAGCACAGUACCAUUGGGAACUUUGGAAUCCAUUGAUGCAAGCGAGGCUCUGAAGCAACCUGGCGUCAUAGCAUUUUAUUCAGCAAAAGACAUACCUUGUGUAAAUUCAUUUACACCGGCGGGUACGGUGUUUUAUGAAAAAGACGAGGAAUUAUUGUGUGCCAAGGAAAUUAAAUAUUACAACCAAGCUAUAGGAAUAAUUGUAGCAGAAACACGCUACAUAGCAGACGUUGCCGCUAAAUUGGUAACCGCCAAGUACAGCAAUGUUCGAAAGCCGAUACUGGAUAUUAAGAUAGUCAAAGAUGACUCUAGCCGACGUACUCUGUACACAACGCAUGCUGCCACAGACAGAGGGACUAAAGUCUGUAAAAAGAUAACCGGAGAGAACACUAUAUACGGCCAGUAUCAUUUCAGUAUGGAAACCUUAGUAUGUGUUUCACAACCGACGGAGCAAGGGAUGAAAGUGCGUCCUUCAUCUCAAUGGAUAGACAGUGUACAAGUAACGACUUCUCGAGCCUUGAACUUGCAACAAAACUGUAUCGAUGUCUACGUUCGUCGAAUUGGUGGCGCAUUUGGCAUAAAGAUAUCGCGGUCAAAUCAAGUGGCAGUGGCUUGUAACUUGAUUGUUCAAAAAUUAAAACGACCUUGUCGGUUUAUUCAAUCCCUCACCACUAAUAUGAGAACCGUCGGAAAAAGAUUACCAUGUACCAUUACUUUUGAGAUAGAAGUUGAUGAUAAAGGAACCAUUCAAUGUUUAAAAUACAAUUUUUAUGAAGACAACGGGUAUAUUGUUAACGAACCUUUCAUAAUGAUCGGCGACGGCGUCUACAAUAACUGUUAUAGAGCAGCGCGUUGGGAGUACGCCUCCUACAACUGCGUCACCGACAGCGCCUCCAACUCAUGGUGCAGGGCUCCAGGUUCAUUGGAAGCUAUCUUUAUGGCUGAAUGUAUUAUGGAAAGAAUAGCAUACGAGAUGUCAGUGGAUCCUCUUCAAGUACGUUUAGCCAAUUUGGAUACAGACAAUUACAGCGAUUUGCUAGAAAUGAUAGACACAAUAAAAGGAAGCUCAGAUUAUGCUAGUCGACGGCUCCAGGUUGAAAAGUUCAAUAAAGAAAAUAGAUGGAAGAAACGAGGCUUAAGGUUUUCAUUGAUGAGAUGGUCUCCAGCUGGCACUACAAUAUACAUCACCACUCUAUCAGUCUAUCACGGCGAUGGUUCUGUAGAUAUCGUACACAGUGGCGUCGAAAUGGGUCAAGGUAUCAAUACUAAGGCGGCUCAAGUUUGCGCUUACUUUUUAAAAAUACCCCUAAGCCUUAUAAAAAUUAAGCCAAAUAAUACUAUAAUUGCAUGUAACGGAUUCAUAACCGGUGGAAGUCUAGCCUCGAUAUUUACCUCUUUAGGUGUAGAAAAAGCCUGCAAAGAGUUAUUGGAAAGACUGCAACCUAUACGAGAGCAACUUGGAAACCCGACUUGGAAGGAACUUAUCGUUGCUGCACAUGAACAAAACGUAAAUCUGCAGGCGCACGGUUUUGUUAAUCGAAACGAUGUUCAGAAUUUUAAUGUAUACGGUGUAGCGGUUACUGAAGUAGAAGUUGACAUUUUAACAGGCCAGUCUGAAGUAACCAGGGUUGACUUAUUAGAAGAUGCAGGCAUGAGUGUCAAUCAGGACGUGGAUGUUGGUCAAGUAGAAGGAGCUUUUGUUAUGGGUCUUGGAUAUUGCACGAGUGAGCAUUUAGUAUAUGAUCCUAAGACCGGAGAAAAUUUGACAAAUCGGACCUGGAAUUAUUUCGUGCCACAAGCGAGAGAUAUACCGCAGGACUUUCGGAUUAGUUUUAAAAAAAAAUCCCAAGGACCUUCGGCUUUUCUAGGGUCUAAAGCGAUUGGAGAACCGCCGAUGUGUUUGUCAGUGGGCGUGACAUUCGCAAUGAGAGAAGCAAUAACUUCAGCCAGGUCCGACUCUGGGAUAUCUCCAACCAAAUGGUUUCAAAUUGAUGGACCUUGGACCGUGGAACGUAUCUGUUUAGCUGCUGAUACCAAAUACGAAGAUUUCAAAUUUAAUUAGUUUAAUUAAUACUGUAAAGCUAAAAAAGAGAUAAUUUUGUUAUUGAUUGCUUUAUGUUAAUUUUUUACAACUGAUAUCUCAUAUUUUUAUUACAUUCGGUUAUUUUGCCAUUCUCGUUGAAGUUCGUGAGUCUCAGCCUUCGUUCAGACGUCACAAUACAUCAGGCAAGCUAUUUCAAGUGAUACUGAACAGGUUUUUAAUUAAGUUACAAUUAAAACACAUCAUUUGAUA